AUGUACAAGCUGCACCGGCCGGCGCGGUCGUGGGCGAAGGCGGCGGCCACGUGCGCGCGCGAGGGCGCGGCGCUGGCCACGCCCGAGACAGCGCGCGAGGCGGGGCUGCUGGCCGGCAUGAUGACGCGGCCGCAGCUGCGGGAGAGCGGCGUCUUCAUCGGCAUCAACGACCUCGCCGAGGAGGGCGACUGGCGCAACUACGACGGAACGCAACUGCGCGACAGUGGUUACAACUCGUGGGCACCUGGCGAGCCCUCUGGCGGACGGGCCGAAAACUGCGGGGCGUUGCUGGCUGACGGUCACUUGGCCGACGUCCCGUGCUCCGAACCCAGGGCGUUCUACUGCCGGCGGCCGGAGGCGGCGCGCGCCGAAGCCGCGGGCUACGCGCAGAGCGAGGGCGUCGAGGGCAGCUGGCGCGUGCAGCGCGAGGGCCGCGACUGGGUGGCGGCGCUGCAGCUGUGCGCGCGCGACAACGCCACGCUCGCCGUCGCCAACUCCUCGCGGGAGGCGCGCGCGCUCGCCGCCGUCUUCAAGGACGCGCGCGCCACCUUCAAGGACGUCAGCGACGCCGACCACGUGCACGUACGAAGAGACCGCUUAUCGAGAAGAACGCGUACCAGUCCAGUGGAGGGCGGUGGGCAUGAGCAGGGCCACCGAGGGCGGGAGGGCGGCGAUGACGGCCGUAUGUCCGGUUCGGUGUGUUACCUCGCGCAUUUGCAUGGCAUAUCCCUUUGUGGGGGAGCGCACAAACGAGCCAGUGCGGCGGCGUGUGGGUGGGUGGGCUCGGACCGGUUGCCCGGGAAGGGCGCGUGCACAGCACAAUUAAACGCGGGGGCGCCAAAUGGAGAGAGCAGUGUGCGCGGGGUUGGAGGCGAGGUGGCGGUGGGCAGAGCGGGCGGAGCGAACUGA